UCCCUUUUCACAUUAUUCCAUUAAAAUACAAUCAAGCUGCACCAAAUCUCACACGCUCACAACUUUAACGUGAUAGAUUCUUUUUCCAUCCAUGAAAGAUUUCCUGGUGAAGAUGCUGGAAAACGCAAUGUUUAGGAAAGUGGAAAAAAAAAAAGUUUCCUGGAUUUGACGCCUCAUCAAGAUCCACACAGAAAAUGUCAUGAGCUCUUUGUGUCGUGAAAAUCCGUCCGGUAGUUUAACGAACCAACAACAGACGGACGGAGGUAAAAACUUCCCUGGCUGAGAAAAUAAUCCAAAACAUUUAACGAAACAAACAAACAGUGAACUUGUUGCACAACCAGACUUCCUUGUUUUGUACAAAUGUAGAAAACGUCUCCUGUAUUUAGUUUUCUACCGACCCUGCUCUGAUAUGUCUCCCUCGUCAUUCGUCUGGUUUUUAUUCCCCCCCCCCUCAGGACCAUGCCGACCAUGCAGAGCUCCGUCGUCCUGCUGAUCGUCAGCAUGCUCAUUGGUCUGAGCUGCUCCCUGAACCCACAGGACCCGAACGUGUGCAGCCUGUGGGAGAGCUUCACGACCUCGGUCAAAGAGUCCCACCUGCAUCCUUACGACCAGGUGACGGAGGAGCCCUGUUCGGACCCUCGCACCUCCAACAGAUGCAUGCGCCACAGGAUCACCUACAAGACGGCCUACAGGCAGGCGGUGAAGACGGACUAUCGCAAGAGGUACCAGUGCUGUCCAGGAUACUACGAGAGCAGAGACAAAUGUGUCCCUCGCUGCACCAAGGAGUGCGUGCACGGCCGGUGUGUCGCUCCCGACCGAUGCCAGUGUGAGAGAGGCUGGCGAGGAGACGACUGUUCCAGCG